AUAUCUUUUAAACCAUUUUAGUGAAUAAGGUUAUAAAAUAAGUUGUGUGUGAGAAUAUUUCAAAACUUAUUUCUUUCCUAUAUUUAUGUUUGGAAAGUAUAAUGAACUGAGAAGCAUCAGUAAACAUAUGCAUGGUCAAAAAUAUUCAAAAUUUACUAUAGAUCAGAAAAUUGAUGCUGUGAACAAAGUGUGUUAGUUACCAUGGCAUCCCUUGCUUCACUCCCGCUACCAGGCCCGAGAAAUUACGCUCAGUCGAGACGUCGUAACUUUGUCAUACGUCACUCGACUUACGUUGUCAGAGCUUUAACGGAGCUCAGUUGCUGGCAAAGGUUUGCCACCAUUGUCCGCCUACCAAUAAGAGACUUGUCUGAGAAACCCAUUGUGCAAGCGUUCUCUUGGUUGUUACUGUUAUUUCUGUUGUGGAUGAUGCUGUAUUCUUCUGAGGGAGAUAACGCCACCCCGUCUGGUGACCUCUUCCGACUCACGGCACUGAUCAUUAUUGCUCUAGUGAUGGGAUUGGCUACUGACUACUUCCUUAGAGUGCCAGGUCUGCUUGGCAUGCUAGUAACUGGAGUGGUCUUCAGAAACUUUGGCUUCUACUACCCGGCUAAGGGCAGAUACAAAGACGUCACUAUCACACUUAAGCAGAUAGCUACAACAGUCAGCAUGAUACGAGCUGGCAUGAGACUGGUGCCGGAUGCCAUUUAUGCUGCUCUGCACUGCCAUCAUGGUCUGCGGUUAGCCGGUCUUGCAAUAGUACCGUCACUCAUCGAGGCACUGGUAGUAGCCGUUACAUCCUAUUUCACUCUGGGGUACCCGACCAUAUGGGCACUCUGUCUUGGAUUUCUGAUGUGCCCUAACUCUCCCUCUGUGAUCACUCCACCUAUGGAGGGACUGAUGAUGGCCGGCUAUGGGGAGGACAAGAACAUUGGUGUACUGGUGUGUGGAGCAGCCGGGCUAGAUGUGGCAUUCUCCGUCUCUGUAUUUGACAUCUGCAUAUCCCUUCUCUUCCAAAAAAAGGACUUAGACACAUCACAGAUGUUUCAGAAAGGAGCAUAUGACAUCCUCAUUGACCUUGGUGGUGGAUUUGUGUUCGGACUCAUCGCUGGACUAAUGCCCAUCAAAGACGAUGUAUUGGCUGUGUGGAAAAGAAUGUUUGCAGUAAUAGCCAGUGGUAUGAUUGCCAUAGCAUCAGGACCUAAGGUGGGCCUUCCAGGAACAGGACCUCUCUCUUGUAUUGUCUCUAGCUUUGUUGCAGCUAUGUUGUGGAAAAUGCAAGUCCCUCUUCAAUCCAAGAUGAGGGUGGUUGACAUCAUCCAAACUUCCUGGGUUGUGCUGUGUCCAAUGGUGUUUGCUUUCACGGGCUCAGAUGUUGACAUCUCUAUGCUGGACUUGAAGACUAUUCAGUGGAUGGUUGCCAUAGUUCUACUUUCUAUUUGUGUAAGACUCCUUGGUUGUUGUCUGGUCUUGUGUAGUGGUGAAUUAAACUGGAAGGAAAUACUCUUCAUUGGCCUUAUCUUCCAAGGAAAAGCUACAAAUCAGGCUGCUCUAGCUCCACAGAUCUUGUACAAUGCCUGGUUCUCAGAAGACCCCAUGAACAUUAACCUAGCCGUGGAAAGCGUGACGUUGGCAGUUUUAGCAAUUAUGAUUUGCACUCCACUUGCCCACCUGGGAGCUAAGCUGGGUGGACCUUGUCUUCUAACCAAGAUCUCUGUCGUCCGGGAUACUCGAGUUAUUUCCGUCCCCUUUCGUUUGACAUCCCGUUUAUCGCCCACCUAAUCUACACAACUCAUGACCACUGGUAUUGUUAUUAAAUAUUAUAUUUCAUA